UCAAAGGGAGGUAAUCGCGUAGCUCCAAAGUCCUCGGUCAAAGGUCAAUGUAAGGGCCGUAACCACAGCGUCUCACCAUUCAACAUUCAGUGUUUGAGCAUAGUGCACGUGGGUAGCCGUAACUGUUCUCAUACCGACACAAUGGCAGACGAAGCAACAUUCAACAAGGCGGCUGAAGAAGUCAAGAACUUGAAAUCCAAACCCUCCGAUGAUGAAAUGUUGGAGAUCUAUGCUCUAUACAAGCAAGCAACAGUUGGCGACUGCAACACACCGAAACCUGGUAUGCUUGACUUGAAAGGAAAGGCCAAGUGGGGUGCAUGGGACGGCAAGAAAGGGAUUUCUCAAGAUGAGGCCCGAGUGCAGUAUGUAGCUAAAGUUGAAGAGCUCAAGGGGAAAUAUGGAAUCUAACUGUUUUACUAUAAUAUUUCUACACAUGACAGCACAACUGCGGAACAAACUGGCUUCACUGUAGUUUCCAACGAUUGACUUCAUUUUUUAACUCUUCAGGCCAAGAGAAGCCACAUGCUUGUUAAAUUCUGUUGUUAGUGAACUCUUUUUUUGAUUGUCACUUUUUAUGUAUUAUUUUCGAGUAUGUCAAACAUAAACACCUGCUUUUGAUA